UAAAUAAAUAUAUAUAUAUAAAACAGAAAUAGGAUGAAUUCCGUAGCAGCAAUGGCAGCCUCCGACCUCCCGGAACUCCCGCCGGAAUUCAUCAGGCCGGAAAACGAGCAGCCGCGCUACACCACAUUCAAGGGCGGCGCCGCCGAGGUUCCGGUCAUCGACAUGGCGGCGACGACCAACGCCGAUCUCGUAAAAGCCGUUCACGACGCCGCCGCCGCCUGGGGAAUCUUCCAGGUGGUUAACCACGGAAUUCCGGCCGUCGCAAUCUCCGAUCUGCAGCGCGUCGGCCGGGAAUUCUUCAACCUGCCGGCGGAGGAGAAGAAAGCCUAUGCGAAGGAUCCGAAUAGCAAGAGCCUCGACGGGUACGGGUCCCGCCUGCGAAACGGGUGGGUCGACCACCUCUUCAACAAGAUCUGGCCGCCGGCGGUGGUCGACCACCGCUUCUGGCCGAAAACUCCGUCGGACUACCGGGAAGUGACGGAGGCGUACGGGAAGCAGCUGCAUGUGGUGGAGAGCAAGUUGCUGGCGCUCCUCUCGGCGGGGCUCGGCCUGCCGGACGGCGACCUGAAGGCGGCGGUCGGCGGCGAGGACCUCGUGUACAAUCUUAAGAUCAAUUACUAUCCGCCGUGUCCUCAGCCGGACCUGGUCCUCGGGGUCCCGGCCCACACCGAUCUCUCCGCCCUUACAAUUCUCGUCCCCAACGAGGUCCAGGGCCUCCAGGUCCAUAAAGAGGAUUACUGGUACGACGUGGCCUACGUUCCCGAUGCCUUGAUCAUCCACAUCGGUGAUCAAAUUGAGAUAGUGAGCAACGGUGAGUACAAAGCAGUUUUGCAUAGGUCAGUUGUGAAUAGCGAAAAGACAAGAAUAUCGUGGCCGGUGUUCAUGGAGCCGCCGCCGGAGCUCGAAGUGGGCCCACACCCGAAGCUCGUCGGCAACGACAAUCCGGCCAAGUAUAAGACCAAGAAAUUUGAGGACUAUGCUUAUUGCAAGCUCAACAAAAUUCCCCAGUAGAUCUUUAAUUAAUUGCUUUCUCUAUUAUAAACCCAAUUAAUUAGUUAUGGUUAAUAUCGAAUUAUUGUUGAUUUUAAAUCAAUAUAUUUUGUGUCAUUAAUGUAUUAAUCCAUCAUAAUUUGUAGAUGUAAUAGUUGUUUUUGGCGAACUGGACCAAUGAAUACACCCAAAUAUUACAAAAAAAUGUAUCGAU